AUGGCCGACGCUCCCACCUGCAAGGUCAUUCUGGCCGGCGGCGUUGCCAAAAAGCUGCUGGCCGAGGUUCAGGACGGCCUGAAGCAGCUCAACCGCUCCCCGCUGCUCGUUGGCUUCCUUGCCAGCGGCGAUCCUGCCUCGCGCGUCUACGCCGACUGGACCGGCAAGACGGCCCGCGAAAACGGCUUUCAGUACGAGCUUCGCGAGGUCGACCGUGAGGAGCUCGAGGAUGCCCUCAUCAAGGCCAAUGGCGACGACAGCGUUGACGGCAUCAUGGUCUACUACCCCAUCUUCGGCACCCGCCAGGACCAGUACCUGCAGAACGUCGUCGAUGUGACCAAGGACGUCGAGGGUCUGACUCACAAGUACAUCUCAAACAUGUACCGCAACGUCCGCUUCCUCGACGAGGCCCAGCUGCUCAAGAGUGUCCUGCCCUGCACCCCGCUCGCCGUCAUCAAGAUCCUCGAGCACCUCCAGAUCUACAACACCAUCCUGCCCUACGGCAACCGCUUGCACGGACAUACCAUCACGGUUAUCAACAGGUCGGAGGUUGUCGGUAGGCCGCUUGCUGCUUUGCUGGCCAACGAUGGUGCUGUAGUCUACUCCAAGGACAUUGACGACGUCCAGCAGUACCACAGAGGUGAGGGCCUGCGUAAGCGCAGGCACGAGGUCGAGGAGAAGCCCGGCUGGGGUCUGGAGCAGAUUCUCCCGCUGAGCGACGUUGUCAUCAGUGGCGUUCCGGGUGACAAGUUCAAGGUCCCUGUCCACCUUCUCCGUGAGGGUGCCGUGUGCAUCAACUUCUCCAGUGAAAAGAAUUUCCCGCCUGAGGUCAAGCAGAAGGCUUCUAUCUAUGUUCCUGCCAUUGGCAAGUGCACCAUCGCUGUGCUGCUGAGGAACCUGCUCCGUAUUGUCCAGAACAAGAGUGCGGAUACUCAGUCUAAACCUGCUUCCGCCGUGGAGAAGGAGGGCACCCUUGAAGCCGCAUCUUAG